AUGUCUCAAACCGAAUUAAACUGGAGAACAUCUUAUGAUUCGAAAAGACCUGGAUAUUAUCAUUCAGAUAUACAUUUAAAUGCAUCGAAUUCAUCGUCGAUUUAUACUAGUAAUCCGAGUAUGUUAGAUAAUGAUGAUGAUGAUGCUCGAUUAAUAAAUAGAAAACGUCCAUUACUUGAUUCUCAAGCUUUGCAGAAUAUUCAAAGAAAAAUUAGUAAACAGAAAAUUGCUGCAGAACAACGUAUUGAACAAAUUAAUGGUGAUCAUAUGUUUGAAUCAUCGAGUUUACAAAAUCUUCAUUAUUCUCCGCAUCGUCGACAACAUUCUCCUAUUGCUCGAUCACCUCCAUCAUCUCAUUCAUUUCCUUCUGAACCAAAUAUUUCUCUUCGGCAUUCAAAUGGUUCACGAAUGUUACAUGGUAAUAAUGAUAUUAUUCUAUCGAAUGGAUUUCAGCAUCAAACAUUUCAUCAACCACAUACGCGGAAGAUCACUAAAAUUACUCCAAAAGAAAAUUAUUCGUUAUCACAUAAUCGAGCAGUACAACCACGUAGUGCAAGUGCGACAGUUGGUUCGACUAAAAAACAAGAAUCUAAAGAUAUUUUACCUCCUCCAAAUGAUACACAACGAUUGAAAAGUGUUCGCCGACAUGAACCUGCUCAUGUUUCAUCAGGUCCACGUGCUAAAACUAGUUUAAUUGCUCCGGAUUCAUGGAAAACUGAUCCAGCUAAUUCAAAAAAACUCUUAAAGAAAAAACCAACGACUGAAGUUACUAGUAAACCGACAGUAACUGAUGAUUCAGCUAUACCUAUAAUUGAACAGUUAUCUACUCAAAAUUCACAACCAAUAAAAAAACCAAAACGUGCCAAAAGUGCUUCAAAACCAAUUAUAACCGAAAAAGUACCAAUAAAACCACCGCCAAAACCGGAAAAAACUAAAGAAGAAAAAAAAUUAGAAAGUGAAAAAAUAAAAAAAUACAUGGAAGAAAAACGUCAAGAACUUGAAAAAAAACUUUUAAGUGAAAAAGAAUUAAAAAGUGUACAAGAAAAAGAACGACAAGAACGAUUAAAAAAAUUAAAUGAACAAAUUAAAAAAGUUGCUCAACAACCUUUACCAUCGUCAUUAAUAAAAAAAUCAUCUGCAUCAUUACCACAAAAAGAUCUUACCGAUCAAUCACGUGAACGACUUCUUCAAAUACUUGGUCCAAAACCUAAUGAUGAACUACCAAUUGAAUCUCAUAAAGAGACUCCUAUUGAAGAAGCUUUAAUACUCGAACGUUCACCAUCACCUAGUUCAUCAUCAAGUUCUGAUUCAAUCGUUGAAAUUCAACCACCAAAAUUACAUAAUCAAUCAGUAGUACGCUCACGUUCAGAACCACCUAUUCAAAAUAUUGACAAUGCUUUUGAACAACGAAAUCAAAAUUUACUUCGAUGGGCUCAUAAUUUAACACGAGAUUGUGAUGUUAUUGAAAAUAAAUUUAAAUAUAUUCGACCAGAUGGUACUCAAGCAUUUGAUAUAAUUCCUGCUUCAUUUCAACAACUUCAACAUAAUGAUGGUAAUUUACGUAUUCAAACACCUAUUAUAAUAACAAAUAAUGAAAAAAUUGAUCCGGAACCAAUUAUUGCAUCGAAAAUAUUACGUCCAUCAGGACGUUUAAGCCAUUUAAAUCAAAAUCAAACAAGUGAAUAUCAAAAUCAAAAAUUACCAGGUGUUGGUAAUCUUCGUGAUCCAAUAUUAGAACAACGUAUAAAACGUGAUCGUGCUGCAGCAAAAAUUCAAGCAACUUAUCGUGGUUAUACAGUAAGAAAAUCACUUUCUUGGAUAAAUGAAAAACAAAAUCGAUUAAAUAGUGAAGCUAAUAAACGACCUCUACGUAAACCUAAAAAAACUUCUUCCUAUGCAACAGAUAUUCGUGAUACUCCAGCAAUAAAUUUUGAUCUUCGAUUUUCCGAUGAUAAUUUUACAAUUGGUUCAACACUUUUACGUCAAUAUCAACGAAAUGAAACUAAUAUUAGGCCAACAACAAAUUCAUCAAUUUCUGAGAAAUCUCGGCGACAACAAACACCACCACCACCACCACCAACAAAACAAAAAGUACAAAGACCAACAACAAUACAAACUUAUUCCGAUGAUUAUGAAAAUAUGACAAGUACAGUAUCAUCUAUACCAACGAAUCACAAACAAAGUCCGCAAAAACCGCGUGUUAUUCCGCAACCAUUACUAAAUACUCAAAGUACUGAGUCAUCGACAUCAUCAUCACCAUCUACUUCAACUUCGGUCACUCCAACUCCAACACCUGAACCUCCUGUAUCUCCUAAGGUUCAACGUCGUCGUUCAUUCUCUCCUCCGUUAACACCACAAAGGUCUUCAGAUCAUGUUCAACCUUUUCAUAAUCAUUCUCAGGCUCCUCCUCCUCGUCCACCUCCAACAACGACUACACAUCGAAUAGUCGAUGAACGUCGUUAUUCACCAGAUGCACUUGAAAGACAAUUAAAUGCCGAGUUACAUCUACUUGAUGGUGUUGAAGCAUCAAUGAAACAAGUAGAACAUAUGGAACGAUUGCGAUCAGUUGCACUUGCUCAACAAGAAGUUGUUUCAUUAGCACAAGUGUUAAGAAAUAAACCUACUGAAGAGUCUGUUUCACAACAACAAACUAGAAGACCUCCAGUACGAAAAACGCCGUCGCCUUCUUCUUCUUCAUCAUCAUCACAAUCAUCUCCAUCUGUACCUGAUAGAAAGCAUCAUUCACCACCACCUCAACAAUCUAAAACUAAACCUUCACAUCGUCGAACGAGUUCAUCAUCAUCAUCAUCAUCGUCAAUAUCGGAAUCAAUUUUAACUGACCGUGAAAAAGAUGUCCGGAAAAAAUUUCAUAAUGAAACUGAAUUACAAGAAUAUGAAAAACGUCUCAAAAAUAUUGAAAAUAAAGUUCGCCAACUUGCUAAAAAUGCAUACGACGUUAUUCAUGACAAACGAAAUGUUAAACCUUCACAUACAAAACCAAAAUCAAGUAAUGAAUCAAGUAUUAGUGAAGAUAUACAUAUAUCAAAUAAAUCAUCAACUUCAACAAGUAGUACAAUUCAACAAAAAACAACUAAUAAUACAAGUGAAAUUCGUACAGAACCAAUUGAAAAAGAAAGUGAUAUAUCAACAAUAUCAUUUGAAAAAGAUGAAUCCGAUAUUGUAACAACAGAUGUUAGUGAUAUUGAACAUCGUAUAAAUACUUAUCAUGCACAAUUGAAAGCAAAAAAAACUGAAAUUGAUAAAUUAAAACACAAGAACAAAAAAGAUGCAUUAAGAAAACAAGAAGAUGAAUUGAAAAAACAACUUCAAACAUAUAAUCACGAAAUUGAAACAUUGCGUCUUCAACCAGAACCGAAAAUAUCAAUUCCAUCUCGUAAAGGUGUAACAAAGAGUAGUACUAGUAGUGAUAAUAGUAGUAGUAGUAGUAUUUCAACAGCAACGAAACCACAAGAAUCUAGUAUAGAUGAAGAUUUACCAAUAACAACAGCAUCACAAUCAAAAACUGAUAUUGUUGAAAAACGAAUUGAACAACCCAAAGUACAACCAGAACCGAAAAUAUCGAUUCCACCUCGUAAAAUAGUAUCAAAGAGUAGUGCUAGUAGUAGUAGUAGCAUUUCAACACCAACAAAACCACAAGAAUCUAGUAUAGGUGAAGAUUUACCAGUAACAACAGCGUCACAUUCGAAAACUGAUAUUGUUGAGAAACGAAUUGAACUAAAUCGUCCAGCACAAACAAAAGAACGUGAUUUUUUCGAUGAUGAUAGCGAUGAAGAUGAAAAAAAAGAACCAGAAGUAAAACCAUUAGAAACACCUCGUGAAGAACGAGAUACACAACAUGAUGCACAAUCACUUUCGAUUGCUACUGAUUUAGCUGAAUUAUCAGAAAGUGACGAUGACGAUAGUCAUAAACCAAGUAGUAGUACUGAUAAUGAAAAACCAGUACUAAAUUUAAAUACAAAACCUCUCUCAGCAUCAUCGAAAUCUAAAGAUUCUGAAUCUUCAUCUUCAACAACUACAACAACAAGUGAAAGAUCCUCAAAAAGACAAGUACAAUCACGAACAUCUGAACAAAAACCAACAGCAGUUACAAAUGAUUAUGAUGAAGAUUUCUCUGAUGUUAGUCAUUCGCCAUCAACACCAAAAAAAGAUUCUCUACCAAAAAUUAAACUUGAUGAUGUUGAUAAUGAAUCAAUUCAAGAAGAUUUUGAAGAUAAACAAUUAUCACAUGAUAAAAAUCAUAGUUUAACAUCAAAAUCAAGUGGUGAUGAACAAUCAGAAAUACUUGUUCUUGUUAAAAAAUCUGCUAAUACAACACCACGAAGACAAGAUGAGAAAACUAUUGAAGAAGAUCCUCCUCAACCUUCACUUCCGCCACCAAUACUUCAAACAAAAAGUGCACCAAUUAAUAAUGAUGAUACUUCACAUGAUAUAAGUGAUGAUGAUGAUGACGACGAUGAUGAAGAGGAGGAGGAUGAUAAUGAACAAGAAAAUAAAAUUGAUCGAAUAACAGAUAUAUUUAUUCGAAAAUUUAUUGAUGAAGCUAUUGAUCAAGGAAAACAUAUUGAACGUUUAAAAAAAGAAGCAAAUCAAUCGAAAGAUUUUGAUAUACAAGAAAUUACUGAGAAAAAAUCUUCUUCACCUCAAGAUUGGUUAUUCACUAACGAAACAAUUAAUGGAGACAGCCCGAAAAAUAUUGAACAAAAUGAAUUUACACUUGAUUUAAGUCAAUUAGACGAGAAAAAUCCUAAUGAACCACGAGUUGAAAGUCCUCGUAAAAUAGUUAUUGAAGAACCAGUUAAAUUAUUUGUACCACAUACACGUGAACAAGUGACUCAAUUAUGUCAUCAAGCAAUAGAUAUUUUAUUCGAUCAAAAUAAAGAUUUUUCUGAUCGAUUAACUAUUAAAUCUAAAAUACCGAAUGACUAUUUUACUUAUGAUCAACAAGAUUCAGAUAGUGAUGAUAUUCGAAUUAAUCGUCAUGCUUAUUGUCAAAUGAUAUUUGAUUUAUGUAUUGAAUUAUUACAUGAAAUGUAUACGGAAAAUAUUAUACCAUCAAAAUAUCCUCAAUGGCAACCGACUAAACUUGUUUCCAAACGUUAUUAUCGUGGAAAAAAACCAGGAAAUCGUCAUGAUAUUGAACAAUUGAUUUCAGCAAAAGUUUUAGAAAUCUUAUAUUUAAAUAAUCGUCCAAUAGUAUAUUCAAAAUGGCGUGUAUCAAAUGCACGACGUAAUGGUACAGAAAAAUUUGAAACAGUACUUGAUGAAGAAAUACGCCGUACAGAAUCACAAUGGAUUAAUUAUAGUGAUGAUUGUUUACAAAUGAAAUUUGAUGUAGCUGAUUUAAUAUUUCAACAACUAGUACAAGAAUCAAUAACAGAAUGUCUUUCUGUUGUUGAUAAACGUUUAUUUUUGAGCAGUAAUAGUACGCGUCUUUAA